AUGGGAGACUGGAAUUUCCUAGGAGUCAUCCUGGAGGAGGUCCACAUUCACUCCACUAUUGUCGGUAAGAUCUGGCUUACCAUCUUAUUCAUAUUCCGGAUGCUUGUCCUGGGUGUCGCAGCUGAAGAGGUUUGGAAUGAUGAGCAAUCUCAUUUUGUAUGCAACACAGAGCAACCUGGGUGCAGAAACGUCUGCUAUGACCAGGCAUUUCCUAUAUCACUGAUCAGAUACUGGGUCCUGCAGGUUAUUUUUGUGUCCUCCCCUUCUCUGGUUUACAUGGGCCAUGCCAUCUACAGACUGAGAGCACUAGAGAAAGAAAGGCACAGAAAGAAAAACCAACUAAAAGGUGAACUUGAUGGAGUAGACUAUGAAAUGACAGAAGAUAGGAAAAGAUUAGAACGUGAACUCCGACAACUUGAGCAAAGGAAGCUGAACAAGGCACCACUUCGCGGCUCCCUUCUCUGCACAUAUGUUAUUCAUAUAUUCACCAGAUCUGCUGUUGAGGUUGGCUUCAUGGUUGGACAGCAUCUGCUGUAUGGUGUUCAGCUGGCUUCACUUUACAAGUGCCAUAGGGACCCAUGUCCCAAUGUAGUUGACUGUUUUGUAUCCAGACCUACUGAGAAAACAGUGUUCAUGCUAUUCAUGCAAUGCAUAGCUGCUGUUUCUUUAUUUCUUAACAUACUAGAGAUUGGACACCUUGGGGUGAAAAAGGUCAAAAAAGGAUGUUUGGUACGAUAUAAGAUUAAAAAUGAGUUUGAUGAUUUUUAUGCAUUAAAAUCACAUAAAAGUUCUGCAGUGACUCAUACAUGCAUGGAUACAUCUUCCAGCCCACAUAAGACAUUACCUUCAGCACCCAGUAAUUACACCUUGUUAAUGGAAAAACAGAAUGAUCCAGCAGUAUAUCCUAUUUUAAAUCCUCCCUGUACUUUUCUCCCAAUUGAAGAUGAACAGACAGAGAACUGUAAUACUUGUAUUCAUGAUGAGCAAGAAACUAAAUCAAUAAAUGAGAUGAAUUCAGAAAACAUAGUAGAAACUAAUUUCCAAAAUGCCAGCUUACACACCAAUGAAAUAAUAAGCAAAAUGUCUAGCCCAGAAGUAAAGACUAUACAAAACCGUGCAGAAAGAAGAAAAGGUUGCAUUAGAAGUACCCAUUCAAGCGUGGAGAGUGCCCCAUGUCUGCAAAUGGGAACUAUGCCUGAAAUGUUAUCUAAAGACACCGUUGAUUGUCUAUUCCCAAAUACUGUAUACAAUGAGAACACUAAUAUAGUCAAAAAGUCUCGGAGAAUUAGUGCUCCACUAAACUUCUCAAGAGUGGUGGAAAGGGGUGGCUUUGCUCUUGAUACUGCAUGCAGCAAUAGAGGACGAAACAGCUUAUGUGGCACUAGAUCGUGGACGCCAUCAAAAACCGACGUUAAAAAAGGCAGCAGACCCCAUACACCAGACUCUACAGGGGAGACAGGCUCGGAUUCCAAACAGAACAAGACAGGCGAAGGUUCCGUGACUUUCUCUCCAUCACGGAGGAUGUCAUUGGCAAGUAAUGCCAGCAACCGACGUUUCCCUACAGAUCUCCAGAUCUAA